AUGGCAUUUGGCAUGCUGAUCUAUAUUUUGCUGAAAGCAAUGGGGGCACUGAGUGAAGAGUCAGCUCUCACUGUUUCAUCCCUCAGCACAGACAUAUGGAAUAAUUGGACAAAAAGCAACACUGAAGUAGCCUACACAGAGCAGCCCAAGCUCUUGAAGCUUAUGCAGACCUGUCUUGAAGAACACCACAGCUACUGCAUCAACGGACUCUGUGCUUUCCACAGUGAACUGAGAAAACCCAUAUGCAAGUGCCUUGCAGGUUAUAACGGAGAGAGGUGUGAACAUUUAACACUAAAUUCUUACGCACACAAUUCUUACGAACGCUACAUUGCUGUGGGAAUUGGUGUAGGAAUACUGACAAGUGGGAUACUUGCUAUCAUCUACUGCUACGUAAGAAAGAGAUGCAGGAAAUUGAAGUCACCCUACAAAGUCUGCGUGGGCGAGACAGCAUUGUGA